AUGCGUUGCUGUUCAUCUGGGUUGUCCAACGCAUGCGGCGUACUCCACCAGUGGCGGGUGCCGAUUGCUGAGCCCGCGAAGACCCUGCCGACACCAAGCCAGCUGGUGGGGAUGAUGGAUGCGAGGAUCUGCUGGGUGGUCGUGCAGCACCUCGCGCUCGGCUGGCGUGCAUGGAUUUGCGCGUUCCAUUUGAUUCCAUCAUCCAUUUUAGGGCGUCAUUUAGCGGGAGACGCCCAGACCCGGCGCCGUUUCAUGGUUAGGCCAUGUGCACAAGCGGGCUUUGGCACCUUCAAAUUUUGCCGAGGCACGGCACACACCUCUCGGCAAGGUGCUGACUGA